AUGGCACCAUUCCCAUCUCAACUUGUUAACACUGCUAAUAUCUCUUCAUACUUCAGCUCCUUCCCAGUGAGGAGCUGCGAGCUCGAUGCUCUACCUACUAUCCAGCAGGCCUUGAACGACACAAUCUACGGCUGUACGGCUCCAGGGUCGAAAGAACGGAAAAAGGCUGAGUACCGUCAUACAAACCCAGCAGGAAACCUAUUUGGCUUGUCCUUUGCGUUAUGCGAGGCAGAUCGUCUUGGUUAUGUUGGGAAGCUGAUUGAGUUUCUGUGUAUCGUCGAUGAUGUGAUGGAGGAUCUUCCCUUUGGAGAAGCAUGUAUAGAGCAUGCAAUUCUACGACAAGCCCUAUACGAAAGUUAUGACGACGACCAAUACGGCGGACGAGCUGUUGGGAAAAUGAAAAGCUAUUUGCGCGAGUUACGUAUGGAGCUCGCUAGCCUCAAUGAUCCAUGUACCCCUCUAUUACUAAAGACCUUGGACACCAGUCUUCGCGACAGAGACAGCGAUGACGCAGAGUUCCAAACUCUUGCAGAUUUUGUGUGCCAAUUAGUGCGGUGGGCCAUGAAUAUCUCACCCAAAGUCCAAGAAAAUCUCAUAGUCCGGAGUUACGAGCACACUGUUGGCGUCAUCGUUGGCCUAACGAAUGAUUAUUUUUCUUGGGAGAUGGAGCGCCAACAGCCUACAGACAGAAUACGGAAUGCAGUCCCAGUCUUGAUGAAGGAACAUUCUAUUUCCGAAGUACAAGCGAAGUCAAUGCUGAAGGAGAUCAUUAUCGGGGAGGAGAGUAAAGCAAGGGAACUGAAGAGCGAAGUUAUGAACCAAACAGAGGAAAGUGAGCAGAUGAAGCGAUAUGUAACUGAGAUGGAGCUUUUUGCAGCGGGAUACAGUUUUUGGUGUGCAACUUGUCCCAGAUACCACCGUUUGCAAGAGGAAUAUUUGAUCUAG